ACACAUAAACAAGCUCGGAUCACGAUAGCUGCGCGGCGUCCACGUUGCGCGACCGCGAGCUCCCACGACAAGCUCGGGGCAUGCAAACACACCGAAGCGCCGGGAUCGGCAGCUGAAAACCUUGGACCCCAACCUUGACAGGCCGCCGGCCGGAGUGGAUGCACGGUUUGUACGGACUUCAACCAGCGUAGUCCGGACUAGCAGAUGGUGGUGCCGGAGUCGGAGACGGGGGCCGGCCGCAAGAUAUGGUCGGACGAGUGUAAGAACCUGUGGCACAUCGCUGGGCCGGUGAUCCUCACCGGGGUCUUCCAGUUCCUGAUCGGGUUCGUCACUGCGGCCUUCGUCGGCCACAUCGGCAAGGUCGAGCUCGCCGCCGUCUCCAUCUUCAACGGCGUCGUUGAGGGCCUCGCCUGCGGCCUCCUGCUUGGCACGGGGAGCGCCCUGGAGACGCUGUGCGGGCAGGCGGUGGGAGCCGGGUAGCUCCACCGUACGCUCGGCGUCUACAUGCAACGGUCGUGGAUCAUCUGCCUCGCAACGGCCGCCGCCCUGCUCCCAAUCUACGUGUUCACUGACCCCAUCCUCCGUCUGCUUCGGCAAUCGCCGGCCAUCUCGGCGGUAGCGGGGCGGUACGCCCGGUGGUGCGUGCCGCAGCUCUUCGCCGACGCCGUCAACUACCCCAUGCAGAAGUUCUACCAGGCGCAGAGCCGGGUGUGGGUCAUGACGCUCAUAUCCGGCGCCGUGGUCGGCGCGCACGCGCUGCUUAGCUGGCUUGUCGUGGCCAGGCUCGGGCGUGGCAUCGUGGGCGCGGCCAUAGUCGGCAACGUCUCGUGGUGGCUGCUGAACGCGGCGCAGUUCGUGUACAUCGUCGGCGGUUCGUUCCCGGAGGCAUGGACGGGGUUCUCUUGGAAGGCGUUCACCAAACUCGGCGGCUUCAUCAAGCUCUCGCUCGCGUCCGCCGUCAUGCUGUGGUUCAUAUUGAUCUUGGAACUUGUUAUGAUGAUUUUGCAUUUGUUGAAUAACAUGAAUAAAUCGUUGUCAAUACUUGUUAUAUCUUCUCUAAUUUUUCCUAACAAAGUUCAAAUUUGUUGCAACAGCAUGAACUAUACAAUGUGGACACUGAUGGUAUCUAUUGGUUUCAAUGUCGCAGUGAGUGUUCGUGUGGCGAACGAAUUUGGUGCCAAACACCCGAAAGCAGUUAGGUUCUCGGUCACCGUGGCUAUCAUCACGUCGGCCGCCAUCAGGCUCAUCUUCACGCUCGUAACCCUCAUGGCGAGGAAGCAACUGGCGAGGCUCUUCACGGGCGACAAUAUCCUUGUCAAGGAGACAACAAAAUUGGGAUAUCUACUGGCUGCCACCAUAUUUCUCAACAGCAUCCAGCCAGUGUUAUCAGGAGUGGCGAUUGGAGCUGGGUGGCAAUCUUUGGUCGCCUUCGUGAACAUUGCCUGCUACUAUCUCGUUGGUCUGCCUCUCGCAGCUGUUUUCGGCUUCAGGAAAUUGAAUUCUGAAUGGGGAAUUUGGGUGGGGAUGUUGGUCGGCAUGAUUUUGCAGACCCUCAUUCUAUUUGUGAUCCUCUUCAGGACCAAAUGGGAGAAAGAGGCUAUGCUGGCAGAAGAGCGGGUGCGAGCUUGUGGAGGAAACGUUGAGCUGCCGCCUGCCGAUCAUCCAAGAGACGAGAUGAAACAUUAA